GAAACCUGCCAGCAGAGCCCCUUUAUCUUGCACGUGUCUCGUAACGACAAGCUGGCAGAUAUAGGGGAGCUUCAGAGAGAGGCGAGCGAGUGACAGGCUCAGAGCACAGCCUUGUAUGGAAGUGGCUGAAGAAGACGAGAACGAUAAGGAGCAACCCAACUAUGCUGUCCAUGUUUAGAGGCACUCGCUGGCCCAACGGUCCGGGAACAAUGCUUGUUUCUGUUAAAUUUAGACAGGUUAUCGGCCAUAGCUUCUCUUUCUAGUCAGUCGCUCACUGCACCACAGGGAAUACAGAGGGUAAGGGAGAGCAGGAACAAAAUACCUCACUGGGAACAUGGGCCAAUCCAGGACUUCAUCCUAUUUUUCUCUCGCUCUAAAACUCAGCAUCUUCCUCUUAGUUUUCUCCCAUGAGCUUGUGCCAGCCUCUGCAGGCGGCUCCAAAUCAAGCUUGGAUGUGGAUACUUCUUCUAAUGAAACUUCUGACGAGAAGUGCGGCGGUAGUAAUGAGUGCAAAGAGGGGGUGGUUCUGCCAAUUUGGAUGCCGUUGAACCCGUCCUUUGGAGAUAAAUUGGCGAGAGCCACUGUGUACUUUGUCGGUUUAUUCUACAUGUUCCUGGGGGUGUCCAUCAUCGCAGAUCGCUUUAUGGCUUCCAUCGAAGUCAUCACAUCCCAGGAAAAAGAGAUCACCAUCAAGAAGCCCAACGGUGAAACCACAACCACGACCGUUCGUAUAUGGAAUGAAACCGUCUCUAAUCUUACUCUCAUGGCUCUGGGGUCAUCCGCUCCAGAGAUUAUGCUCUCCGUGGUUGAAGUGUGUGGCCACAACUUUGAUGCAGGGGAGCUCGGCCCAAACACCAUCGUAGGAAGUGCAGCUUUUAACAUGUUUGUCAUCAUAGGUCUUUGUGUCUCUGUGAUACCAGAAGGAGAGCAUCGUAAAGUCAAGCACCUGAGAGUGUUCUUUGUCACAGCAACAUGGAGUAUCUUUGCAUACACUUGGCUUUAUCUGAUAUUGGCAGUGAUCUCCCCAGGUAUCGUGGAAGUUUGGGAAGGACUUCUUACUCUCUUCUUCUUUCCAAUUUGUGUCUUGUUUGCUUGGGUUGCAGACCGGAGACUGCUGUUCUACAAGUAUGUGUACAAACGUUACAGAGUAGGAAAACAGAGGGGAAUAAUCAUCGAAACAGAAGGCGAGCCUGAGCUCCAAUCCAAGGCAGAUAUCGAAAUGGUUGGGGGAAUUCGUAACUCUCACGGGGAGGAAUUGUUUGACGGCACGGUGGAUAUUGAAGAUAAAGGCAUGGAUGAGGAGGAGACCAGGAAAGAAAUGGCCAGGAUUUUAAAAGAGCUGAAACAGAAACAUCCGGAAAAAGAGAUGGAGCAGCUCAUCGAGCUCGCCAACUAUCAAGUUCUCAGCCAGCAGCAGAAAAGUCGGGCUUUCUAUCGCUGCCAGGCCACCAGGCUAAUGACCGGUGCCGGCAAUAUUCUGAAGAGGCACGCCGCAGACCAGGCCAGAAAAGCAAUCGGCAUCCACGAACUUCGCUCGGAAGUCUCCGAUAACGAUAUCUCCUCCAAAAUAUUUUUUGACCCAGGUACAUAUCAGUGUCUUGAGAACUGUGGGACCGUGGCGUUAAACGUGGUACGGCGCGGCGGCGACUUGACAAACACCGUGUCGGUCGAAUAUAGAACCGAGGACGGCACUGCCAACGCAGGCUCCGAUUAUCAGUUCACAGAGGGCGUAAUAGUAUUUAAACCAGGUGAGACCGAAAAGGAGAUCACGGUGGACAUCAUCGACGAUGACAUUUUUGAAGAAGAUGAACACUUCCUGGUUCAUCUCAGCAAUGUUAAGGUGGUUUCUGAAGGAACAGGCAAUGGGAACCCAGGCGCCAAUCACGUAGAGACUUUAGCUGGUCUUGGCCUUCCUUGCACAGCGACUGUGACUAUUUUUGAUGAUGACCACGCUGGAAUCUUCACAUUUGAGGAACCCACGAUUCAUAUCAGUGAAAGCAUUGGUACAAUAGAGGUGAAGGUGGUGCGUACCUCCGGAGCUCGUGGAGUAGUCGUGGUCCCGUUUAAAACCAUUGAAGGCACAGCGAAAGGUGGAGGAGAGGACUUUGAAGAUACCCACGGAGUCCUGGAGUUUCAGAAUGAUGAGAUUUCCAAAACUAUUCCGAUCAAUAUUAUCGAUGACGAGGAGUAUGAAAAGAAUAAGAACUUCUUCCUGGAGGUUGGAGAGCCACAGUUGGUGGAAAUGAGUGAGAGAAAAGCUGUCUUGCUGCGUGAGUGUGGUGGUUUCGUGAAGACAGAUAAACAGCUUUUUGGCAGGAAUGUGUACCGGAAAGUGCAGGGUAGAGACAAACCCAUCCCCUCCACCAUUAUCAGCAUCGCAGAGGACGGGGAGGACGAGACCCUGACUGUAAAAGAAAAGGAUGAGAGACGUAUCGCUGAGAUGGGUCGCCCAACGCUGGGCGACAAUGUGAAACUUGAAAUAAUCAUUGAGGAGUCCUAUGAGUUUAAGAGUACAGUUGACAAACUCAUAAAGAAAACCAACUUGGCCCUUCUGGUUGGAACCAACAGUUGGAGAGACCAGUUUGUAGAAGCCAUCACUGUCAGCUCAGGUAAUGAUGAUGUCGAUGAGUGUGGUGAAGAAAAGAUGCCGUCUUGCUUUGACUAUGUCAUGCACUUCCUGACUGUGUUCUGGAAGAUUCUGUUUGCUUUUGUGCCCCCAACUGAUUACUGGAAUGGUUGGGCGUGUUUUAUUGUGUCCAUCAUCAUGAUUGGCGUCCUCACUGCUUUCAUUGGAGAUCUGGCGUCACAUUUCGGCUGCACAAUUGGCCUGAAAGACUCUGUCACAGCAGUCGUGUUCGUGGCCCUGGGAACCUCCGUGCCAGACACUUUUGCCAGUAAGGUGGCAGCCACCCAGGAUCAAUACGCAGAUGCUUCCAUCGGCAAUGUGACGGGCAGCAACGCCGUGAACGUGUUCUUGGGCAUUGGAGUGGCUUGGUCUAUCGCUGCUAUCUUUCACCAAUCGCAGGGCCAGUAUUUCCAUGUGGAACCCGGCACGCUAGCUUUCUCCGUCACCCUUUUCACCAUCUUUGCCUUCGUCUGUAUCGCCGUCCUCAUGUACCGCCGCAGGCCGGAGAUCGGUGGGGAACUGGGCGGACCGCAGACUCCGAAAAUCCUCACCACCACUUUGUUUUUUAGUCUCUGGCUGAUGUACAUCGUUUUGUCCUCCAUGGAGGCCUAUUGCAUCAUCCAGGGUUUCUAAAUCAACCAGGAGAUGACGUCAUAAACGAGAAGCAGAUUUUAAAAUGGUUGAAAAGCUGGACAAAAAUUGUGAAAAGGAUUUAAAAGAGAAGAUGAAAGCAGCUGUAGGAGAUCGCAGAUGUGUUUUUCUGCGUUGUUGUGUUUUUCCACUGUUAGUUUGAUCUGUGUGAAAACACAUGCCCAUAGAAAUUAGAUCUCUUUAAUAUCAUAACUGUUUAGGGAAUGAGAGUAAAUGGAGACUUUGAUGCAUCAGUCGUUGGCCUACAAAACUGAAUGACCACCAGUACCCUUUUGUCAAGUUAUUCUUAUGGAUUUUCUGGUCAGAGAAGGCUUUAAACAUCACUUUCACACUCACUCUUGUUUAUAUUUGAAACAUACUGAAGAAACGAAAGAAUUUGUGGUGAAAAAUAUUUUCUGUGAUGAAGACAGAGGGAUCCCAGUUUUUUAUGUACAAACGGGUGUUUUUACAUAUGAAUAUUGUCAAGAGACUUAUUUUUCAUGGUUUAAAACAAAAGUGUGGAUUUGAUUAGUAUUAUAAGCUUUAUUGAACUUUAAAGAUCUUUAAAUAUGAUAGUGUUUGUGAUUUACACAUUUCAGUAUGUUGAUAUGUUUUCAGGCAGUCUAAGAACAAGUUCUACAUCCAUCAGGCAAAAGACUUCCUAUUAGGAGCCAGGACAAUCAAAAACUGUUGGACAAUCUGAGGAUAUUAAAUACAUUAAAUGUAUUAUAUGUGUUGUGUGAAUGUCAUAAUCUGUGUGUUAGAUUUAUUCUAGAUGUCUCCAGUCAAUGAGGCACUCUGCAGGUACUGGCAGAUUUCAGUUUUUUGAAAAAAAACUUCUAUGUGAAAUUGUUAGGUCAUAGUUUAAAAAUAUGAAUCUGUCAUUAUCUUCAUUCUGGACAAUCAAAGACUGAUAUUUUGAACUGGGAAUUUUUUUGGUGGGUGGGUGGAUUUAUACCACCACAUCUCCCUUCAUGACAACACAGACACAAAGACACAGUGAAAAAAAUAACCAUGACGCCAGAAGACUGUUCUUGUUGUAUAUAAUGCACAGUGUUAUGAACAUAUUCAAAUAGAGCAAGAAUAUACAGGAGAUUUGCCUUCUGUAUUUUACCCACCCGAGGACACAAGAACAUACAGGUAAAUUUUCCUGUAAAUUUUCUUAUGAUUUGUUUUUUUGGACAUGCCAUCUUAUAAAGCAUCAGGAUUACACCACCUUUCUCCAUAGUCAUGUCUUAGGAUAUAUUAAAUUUGACACAAAAGCUCUGUUCUAAUGGCUUUUCAAACAGCUCUUUGAUUUGUUUCCCUGAUGCACACACUUGUUGACAUCCUAUAGCAUCAUUUACUUUUUUCAAGCAGUUUUCCCUCCCUUCUGGGAGUGACCUGUAGAUUUAAUUUUACUUCAUGUCGUCUGUAUAAGAAAAUGAUUAUCUUUCUGUUUGGAACAUGUUGGUUGUCUUUUACAUUUCUCUUUUGUGUGGCACACUCAACAGAAGGAUAAAGCACAAUAUGUUACUGCCGUGUGUGACCCUCCCUUCCCUAACACAACAAAAUAAAAGUUUAGGACUUCGAAU